CGCAAUUUUUCGAGACAACAGAUCUAGAUCGCGGUGUAUGAUUGGAUGAUCUUGGUGAAUUCCCCAACAAGCAACCAAUCGUAUUUUGUUUCUUGUUGUACAUAGGCAGUUCAAGUUAUUUACGUUGUGCCGCGCCGCUCUACUGACACUAGGCACAAUCCUGAUGAUAAAAAGUUUGCAAAUUUGUACAGCGUAAUCGGUUUUUAGCCUGAAUAUGGCUGUUCAACCAAAUCAACAGUUAACUUUAGAUGGCGCUCAGGAACAUGGUUUGCUGUCGUUUCUUCAUGCGAUGCCAAAGAAACCUGACACAACCUUUAGAUUUUUUGACCGAACCGAAUACUACACAGUUCAUGGGAAUGAUGCCAUGUUUGCUGCCAAAGAGGUUUUCAAGACAACUGGAGUAAUUAAAUACUUGGGGUCAGGAGAAAGGAAGAUGGCAUAUGUUGUACUGAGUAAGAUGAACUUUGAAUCAUUUGUGAAACAUCUUUUGCUGGUUCGCCAAUAUCGGGUUGAGGUUUACCAAAAUAAAGCAAGUGGCAAAGGCAACGAUUGGGUGUUAGAAUUCAAGGGAUCCCCUGGUAAUCUAACCCAAUUUGAAGACCUUUUAUUUGGCAACAGUGACAUGUCAACAUCACCAGGUGUGAUAGCGGUCAAGAUAGGGGGUCAAAGAGUGCUGGGUGUUGGCUAUGCAGAUGCCACAUUGCGAGAGAUGGGCAUUUGCGAGUUUGCAGAUAAUGAUCAGUUUUCUAACCUAGAGGCUCUUCUGGUACAGCUAAGCCCGAAGGAAUGUUUAUUGGAAAGUGUUGGUGGGGACAGCAGUCCCGAGGCUAAUAAACUCAAGCAGAUCCUUAUGAGGAGUAACAUACUUGUGACAGAGCGGAAACGGAGCGAGUUUGGAACUAGAGACAUUGUGCAGGACCUCAACAGGCUUCUGAAGAGUAAGGGAGAGGAACAAAUAAAUAGUGCUGCAAUGGCUGAAAUGGAGAAUAAAUAUGCAAUGGCAUCUUUAGCAGCAUUAAUUAAAUACCUUGAGUUUCUUGGCGAUGAAACAAAUUUUGGACAAUUCAAGCUGGAGACGUUUGAUCUGAGUCAGUAUUUGAAACUAGAUGCUGCUGCCGUCAGAGCACUUAACCUCUUUCCUUCUCCAACUGAUGGUAAUCGUACUACAAGUUUGCUAGGUUUAUUGAACGAAUGCAAGACAGCUCAAGGUCAAAGGUUGCUAGGUCAAUGGGUGAAACAGCCAUUAUUGGAUAAGAAUAAGAUAGAGGAGAGAUUAAAUAUUGUUGAAACAUUCUUCGAAGACACAGAAUUGCGACAGACAAUCCAGGAACAGCUGAAGCGAAUCCCCGAUUUCCAGCGUCUUGCGAAAAAAUUCCAACGAAAGAAAGCAACGCUUCAGGAUUGUUACCAAGUGUAUCAGGGGGUUGAAUACAUGCCAAAUGUUAUGGAAAGUCUGGAAACUUCAGAAACUAAGAACAAGGCAUUGUUGUUACAUCUCUUUUGUAACCCUUUAAAGGAAAUUUUGAUGGAUUUUGGUAAAUAUCAGCAGAUGAUUGAAUCGACCCUUGACCUAGAUCAGGUACAGAAUCAUGAGUUCCUCAUAAAACCAGCUUUUGAUGAAAAUCUGCAAAGUUUGAGAGAGAAGAUGAACAAUUUGGAGAAGAAGAUGAAGGCUGUAUUGAACAAGGCAGCCAAUGAUCUUAGCUUGGAACCCAGCAAAACAAUGAAAUUAGAGUCAAAUGCACAAUUAGGUUUCUUCUUCCGAGUAACUAGAAAGGAUGAAAAAUGUCUCAGAAAUAAUAAGAAUUUCUCAACAAUCGACACAAACAAGAACGGUGUACGUUUUACUAAUAGUAAGCUGAGAGACUGCAAUGAGGAGUAUAUGUCAGCUAGAGAAGAUUACAAUGAAACACAGAGGGCGGUAGUAGCAGAAGUGAUUGAUAUUGCAAGUGGAUAUGUUGAACCGUUCUUGCAAUUAAACGAUAUUGCAGCUCAGGUUGAUGCUCUUGUUAGCCUUGCACAUGUCUCGGCCAAUGCACCAAUUCCUUACGUGCGACCAAAAAUCAAUUCAGUUGGAGAAGGGGGCAUCAAGUUGGUCCAGUCCCGACAUCCAUGCAUGGAGGUACAAGACGAUAUCGCCUUCAUCCCCAAUGAUGUUCAAUUUGAUAAAAAUGAUAAAAUGUUUCAUAUCAUUACUGGACCAAAUAUGGGUGGUAAAUCCACUUUCAUACGACAGAUUGGUGUAAUUAUUCACAUGGCACAAGUUGGGUGUUUUGUUCCAUGUCAAGAGGCGGAUAUAACCAUUGUGGACUCCAUCUUAGCCCGUGUUGGAGCUGGCGAUAGUCAGCUGAAAGGCAUUUCAACAUUCAUGGCAGAAAUGCUGGAAACCGCAUCGAUACUCAAGUCUGCCACAGAAAAUUCACUCAUAAUUAUUGACGAGUUAGGCCGCGGAACAUCAACAUACGAUGGUUUUGGUCUUGCUUGGGCCAUAUCUGAUUACAUUGCCACGAAGAUCAAAGGUUUCUGUGUGUUUGCUACACACUUCCAUGAGUUGACUGCUUUAGCUGAUGCAGUGACAUCUGUCAAUAACCUCCAUGUGACUGCUCUCACUACCAAAGACACCUUUACGUUGCUGUACAAGGUGAAACCAGGAGUGUGUGAUCAAAGUUUUGGCAUCCAUGUAGCCGAAUUAGCACAUUUCCCAGAGAAGGUGAUAAAUUUUGCCAAGCAGAAGGCAGCUGAGCUGGAGGACUACCAGUCCACGCCAGUAGGGGGCAUGGAAGGGGACGAUGAACCCGCAGCCAAGAAGAGAAGACUUGCCAAAAAGGAUGGUGAGGAGAUUAUUAAAGACUUUCUGAAGAACGUUAAAGCAAUUGAAAUGGAGGGCAUGUCUGUAGAAGAAGCUGUAGCUGCAGUGGACAAACUGAAGGCAGAAGUCAAAGAAAAGAACAACGCGUACAUUACAGAUAUACUUGCACAAAUUUAAGCCAUCAUUCCCAAUUAAAUGGAUUGACUAAAUUACUGGCAAGAUCUCUGUUUUUGUCCAGCACAUGCAAAACUGGCUACUAACUCAGUAUUGAAAUGUAGGUGCCUUCCCAUAAUUGGUUCCAUCAGUACCAAUUUGGCUUUAACUUACAGCAGGUUUUUACAGACCCACCCUGGUCCAUAUUAUCAAGAAAAUAUGGAAUAUAAAGAUGAAAAUACAAAAACACAAACAUGUGUUUGUUUGAAAUUGAGUACAAGUUAUAUAGCACAUUAUAAAUUUUAAGAUAACUGAAACAAUUCGUUCAACCAUUCAGUUUAUUUCCCAAAAAGUUUUGUAAGGGGAAAAAAAGUAGGGAAAAAAAACAAUAAUUUGUAUGUUUAUACAAAACUUGUAUGCUAUGAUAUUUUUGUUUGAUACCAAAUCAAUUAAACAUAAUAAUUAUCAGA